UGCGUGUAUAGCAGCCAGUCAGACGGUCAGUCAGACCAGUCUAGUUUGUUUUCAUUAUGACCUGGAUAAUAACUACACGGUUUCAAUUGAGAGUCGAACACUUUUUGAAUACACAGAGGGUUGUAAUGUAAUUGAUGGAUGCGAGUGAAUAAAUAUUAAGGACCAAAUUUCUUCAGAGUCUGAGGCAGGAAGCCAUUGAACACUUGGAGGAUAUGGAUAACGAGACAGUUCUGCAUUCUAAGGAAAUACUACUAGGAGAGACAUGCCUCUGAUUAUAAUAGGAAGAUAUAGACCAAGCUCACACGCAUAGUAUAGGAGUGGGGAAAGUAUAUGAAAUAUACUUCGCAAAUACGUCUAGAUCCCUAUACAGAAUCAUAACAUAAGCGCAGAGACAUAAUAUUUUUGAAGACCAUACGUACUGUUUAGCUACUAUAGAAUCAUGGGUUUGUCGCAUGAAGAAUACUCCCUUCACUGGGGCUUUGUGGUUUUGGCGGCCAAAUUUUGCCACUGGGCAAUAAUGACGGGACUGCUGAAAUCAUUUAGUAUUUUCAUACCUCAUCUCGUCAAAUUAAUGGGAACGAGCUAUGCUAUUAUAGGACUGGUUUGUUGUAUGGCUGAUUCAUUGGGAUGUUUGGCAGCACCAGUGGCGUCUUUUAUCUCAAACCGAAUAUCUCCUCGAUUGCUUGGGGCCGUGGGAGCCAUUCUAUGCAGUGGUGGAGUUAUAGGUGCCUCCUUCUGUACCAGCAUUAUUCAUUUCGGCAUAUGCAUGGUCGCCAUUGGUGUAGGGAACGUGUUCCUGGUGUUCACUUUGACGACCAAUCUCCAUGAGCAUUUCCCUGUCAAGUUUGAUGUCAUCAACACCAUUUCACUGGUAGGAUCGCCAUGUGGAGCGUUCAUCACUCCAGUCAUCACAGAAAACCUUCUAGAGAUCUACGGUUUAAGUGGUACCAUACUUAUUCUGGGUGGAUUCAGUCUGAACUUCAUGAUAAGUGCUCUCGUCCUAAGGCCACCUCGGAGUCGGAGGAGGAGGAAGAAGAAGAGUGAUCAAGAAAUAGAGUAUAUUCCCGUUCAGAAACUUGACAGAGACACCGACAGAGGUGAAGCGGUAGAUGAAGCAAAUGAUCUCAGAGAAACUUCCACUCAGAGUGACACUGGAGAUAUUCAAAUCAAACCAAAGACUACAUCAUUGAUAACGCACAUCUUGGAUAUCACAAAUCUAUCUGUACUGCGGAGAGUCCCAAUUUUUGCGUUACUUCUUUUCCCAAACUUUUUAAUGAUGAUAGUAUGGAUGGGUUGGACGCUGUUCCUUGUCCCUCACGCCGAGUCGUUGGGUAUCAGUCAAGCUCAGGCUGCAUACCUUGCCAUGUUAGGUGGGAUCGGUGGAAUAACUGGCCUUAUAUGUACGUCAGUCUUCCUCAUGUUUUACCCGCGGGUUGGUCUGCGUCUUCCUGCUGUUACCUCCCUGAUCGGGUCGAUUGUUUUCUUCCUCGACCUCGCAAGCAGCCAAUACGUCUUCCAAGCCAUCCAUGCAUUCCUCGUUGGUUUCUUGGUCUAUCACACCAGCGUCUACAUCGUAGUGGGUGUUAAGUAUGCCCUACCAGACGAGGACUUCGCUAUGGGGUUGGGAUUGGCGUUAUUUGCCUACGCCGUGGGUAAUAUCGUGGGAGGAAUGGGUUCAGGUCUGAUAUACGACUUGACGCAGGAUUACAAGUUAGUCUUCGUUGCGUUAGGUGUAGCCGAGGUUCUCAUCUCUUUCACUUACAUCUGUUUCGUCAUUGCACAGAACUAUCAGCGAAAGAAGAAAGAGGCGUUGGCAAUGGAGGAAGCUAACGUUGCAGGGCAUAAGCUUUAAAAUAAUGAUUUUUUUUUUAAAACCAAAGAGGAAUAGUUUGAUGACUAAUUGGUGCUGAAAUGAAUGGUGUAAUUGCUGUUUGAUUAUGUAUCGUCGGAAUGUUAUAUUAUAGUAUUAAUGAC